AUGGAUGUUUACACUGUCUCUGAGCAAUGGAGCCAAAGCCCACCCAGAGGAGGGGGCUUCUCAGGGGCAUCUGUGGAUCAUAUAAAACUUCCCCACGGUCAGAGAGAUUCUAGUUGCCAGCUCGAGAGAAGAACUGUGACAGCAAUUAAGAAAGUAACUCUAGCAAAAACUGUAAUGCCAUCUUUAGGGUUGCAGAUUCUGGGCGUCGGGUUGGCGGUGCUCGGAUGGAUAGGAAACAUACUCAUCUGUAUGCUGCCCCUGUGGAAGGUGUCUGCUUUCAUCGGGAACAACAUCGUGGUGGCUCAGACCAUUUGGGAGGGCCUGUGGAUGACCUGCGUGGUGCAGAGUACGGGCCAGAUGCAGUGCAAGGUCUACGACUCCCUGCUGGCCCUGCCCCCUGACCUCCAGGCAGCCCGGGCCAUGGUGGUCAUCGCCAUCCUCUUCUCGCUGUUUGGCAUCCUGCUGUCCGUGGUUGGCGGGAAGUGCACCACCUGCGUCGGGGACAAAUCAGCAAAAAACAGAGUGGCCAUCGCAGCGGGUGUUUUCUUCAUCCUGAGCGGGGCUCUGUGUCUGGUGACUGUGUCUCUGCCUGCUAACACUGUCAUUAAGGACUUCUACAACCCCUUGGUCCCCGAUGCCCAGAGGAGAGAGCUGGGUGCAUGCUUGUACGUGGGCUGGGGAGCUUCAGGCCUGUUGCUGAUCGGUGGCGCUCUGCUCUGCUGUCAGUGCUCGUCGGGUGGAGACCGCUACAAUGGAGCAAAGUACUCGCCGCCCAAAUCCACGACACCUGGGAAGGAAUUUGUCUGAGCCAGUAGCUUCUGUCGAAAAGUGCCUGACUGUACAUACAGUGCAAACCUGUUACUGUUACAACGUCUGAUUUGCAUUUGUCAUUAACUUCUUAAAACUAACAAACUGUGGCCUUUUAUUUCUGAAAGAUACCAGAGACUCAAAGGUGUGUGCCAUGUUAGAUAAAUGCAUCACUGAGUUAGGACUGGAGACUCGGUCAAUGUUUUGUGUAAUAGUUUUAAUAUUAAUUCAGACUCUGCUGAUGUUUUUUAGCAAAAUAAGCACUUCAGGAAAAAACGAAUGUAAUCACCAUGUCAAAUGUGUUUUGUUUUUUACAUUCAUGUAAUAAACUGUAUUUUUUUGUCAGAAA